GGGGGCAGCAAUAUGCCUAUCAGGCCAGAUGGAACUCAAAAUGUGUCACAUUCUGGCGGAGCACCAUUGAGGGAACAACGGAGUUGUGAACCAUAUGAUGGCGAUAGCCUGAUAUCCUCAAUCCAACAAACAACAUGUCAAAGCGGCCAUCAUAUGCCCCUCCCCCAGCCCCUGCCCCCACAACACAAAUGCCCACCACCCCUGGGUUUGUGGGGUACAACCCAUACAGCCAUCUGGCCUACAACAACUACAGGCUGGGAGGGAACACCGGCGGGAACAACAGGGUAAUGAACUCCACAGGGAUCACCGUUCCUAAGCCACCCAAACCGCCUGACAAGCCACUGAUGCCCUACAUGCGGUAUAGCCGGAAGGUAAGCAGGAAGGUUUGGGACCAAGUUAAAGCCUCUAAUCCUGACCUGAAGCUUUGGGAGAUUGGGAAGAUCAUUGGUGGUAUGUGGAGGGACCUCACUGACGAGGAAAAACAGGACUAUUUAAACGAAUAUGAAGCAGAAAAGAUUGAGUAUAAUGAUUCUCUGAAGGCCUACCACAACUCUCCAGCCUACCUGGCAUAUGUCAAUGCUAAGAAUCGUGCAGAAGCUGCCCAAGAGGAGGAAAGCCGACAAAGACAGUCAAGACUAGACAAAGGCGAGCCCUAUAUGAGCAUCCAACCUGCUGAAGACCCUGAUGACUAUGACGACGGGUUCUCCAUGAAGCAUACAUCAGCAGCUCGUUUCCAGAGGAACCAUCGACUGAUCAGCGACAUCCUGAGCGAGGUUGUGGUGCCUGAUGUUCGCUCUGUGGUGACCACUGCUCGCAUGCAGGUCCUCAAACGCCAAGUCCAGUCUCUCAUGGUGCACCAGAGAAAGCUUGAAGCAGAACUGCUUCAAAUCGAGGACCGACAUCAGGAAAAGAAGAGAAGGUUCCUGGAGAGCACAGAUUCCUUCAACAAUGAGCUCAAACGGCUGUGCAGUCUGAAGGUGGAGGUGGAUAUGGAGAAGCUGGCAGCUGAAAUGGCUGCUGCUGAGGAGGCAGCUCGCAGGAGGGCGGAGGAAAGAGAGAGGGAAGCAGCUGAGCAGGUGGAGAGAGCUGCUCAAGAAGAACAGCAGCCAGUCAGCGCCCAGACCAAAGCCAACCCAGAGCAGACCUCCACCAGCAAGGUCAAGGAUGGAGAGGACAAGCCCACGCCUAUGGAGACAGAUGAGACUCCAGCUGAAGGUUUUGAAGGCCAACUGGAGGCAGAGCAAACAGCAACAGGAGAGAAACCUGCCCAACCUGAGCCUGUAGAGGGCGCUACAGAUGAGGGGACUAAUGACAGCACUGCUCCAUCUGAAAGCAGCUCUGGGCCUCCAGCUGAACCCCAGGCCUCAGACAACACCCCUGAAGAGCGACUACCCGCACAGUCACAAUAACCCCACCCCCUAAGUCUCAGUCUUUGAUCUUUUAAGAGUUUUAUGUCCUGUAGGAUUUGUUAUUUAAUCCCAUGACCUGGCAAUACAGCGAGUCAGAACAGUAAAAGAAAAAUUAAUCCCCCUCCAAUGUUCUACAGUGAAAGGACAGCAGUAUUCUUAUAAUGUCACCUGGGCUCUUGAUGUCAAUCAGCUAUUUGACAGGUGGUGCAGAUAUUUACUUGAUGUUACAAGCCCACUUGAGCACUGUUGUGCUUUAAUGCUAUUGAAAAUGUUGCCAUUGGUAAGCAAAAAAGAAUUUAACAAAUUAGUAAAAUGUAGUGAUGGAAUCUUUCAGUCACCAGAUGAUUUGUGUAAAGCAGAACCUGCAAGGGUAUUUGCUUUUACUUCCCAUGUUUUUAUAACUGUGCCACUGUCUUUAACUGUAAUAUAUAUCUUUUUUCAUACUUUACAAGUUUAGUUGAGUAGUAUGUGGAUUGUAUUGAUGAUCUCUUCAGCCUUGUUUUUCCUUAAUUUUUCCCAUUUUUUAUUAUUUCAAAUAAAGCCAUGUUAACAGUCAUGAUAUCACAACCAAUUUACCACAGAGCACAUGGGACAUUGUUCUGUUGGUAGCUAUAUUGAAUUGUAUUACAGUAAACCUCUGGAUUAUUAAUUGUUUUUGAAUUGUUGGAAGUUAUUCCCUCAAAGUGAUUUCUAUGUCUGCUAGUUUUAUGCGGUUCUUUGGAAUUCUGUUGUAGAGUAAUUGUUUUUGAAAUUUAUUUUAAAGGGGUCAUGACAUGAGAAACCAAAUUUGCCUUGAUCUUUUGGUAUAUAAGAGGUCUUUGUAUCAUUAAAACGUCCUGCAAGUUUAAUAUUUUAAGACGUCCUCCCCAUUCUAAACGAAUCAUUUAUUUAAUCAAGCUGAAAAUACAGCUCGUUCUGGAUUCAUGGUUAGAA